GCGGAAGGAAUAAAGAGCCCAAGCCCGUCCCGACCCGCCCGGCCGGCGCUCCCCAAGACAGCCAGGGCUGGGGCGGGUCGGGCCCCCGCGGGCCGCUCCCGACGGCCGGAGCCCGGGCGCCCGCCGCCCCUCGCCCCCUGCGCGGCCGCCCGCGGAUGGGCGCGGUGCCGCCGCCCGGCCCCCCCCGGCCCCCCCGCGCCGCCUGAAGAAACUUGGGACGGCGGCGGCCUCCGCCUCCCCGCCGCGCCCCGCCCGGGCUGCGGGGGACCCUUCCCCGCGCCGCCGCGCCAACUUCGCGGGGGGACCCGCCCGCCGCAGGACUCCGGCCCGGGGCCGCCGGCCCCUCGGCGGGGCGCCGCCCAGCGCCCCCUUCCCGCGGCGGGGACCCCCUGCCCCUGGCCUCGGUGCUGGGGAGGAGCGGGGGUGCCCUGGAUGGCCCUGCGCACUGGGACGGCUUGGUUUGGGCAGGUCCUGCGCAGAGUUUCCCGGCUCCAGGGCACCUGGUCCCGGCGCUCCAGCAGCCUCCUGUGCCUCUCCUCCUCCCAGGAGCCCGAGCAGGCGGGCGGAGAGCGGCCGCCGCCGCAGCACAAGCUGCCCCGGAGCAGCGGCAGCGGCGGCGGCGGGCGCCGCCAGCCCCCCCGGCACCUGCCCCCCUGCUGCGGCUGCUGCGGCCUGUCGGAUCCCCGGGCGGCCAGGGGGGGACAUGGUCCCCUCACUCGCCCCUUGCUGGCGGCCAUGAAGAGGCAGAACGUGCGGACCCUGUCCCUCAUCAUCUGCACGUUCACCUACCUGCUGGUCGGGGCUGCCGUCUUUGAUGCCCUGGAGUCCGACAACGAGAUGCGGGAGGAGGAGAAACUCAAAGCCGAGGAGAUCCGGCUCAAAGGAAAGUACAACAUCACCAGCGAGGACUACCGGCAGCUGGAGUUGGUGAUCAUGCAGUCCGAGCCGCACCGGGCCGGCGUCCAGUGGAAAUUUGCCGGCUCCUUCUACUUCGCCAUCACGGUCAUCACGACCAUCGGUUAUGGACAUGCUGCCCCAGGAACGGAUGCGGGGAAGGCCUUUUGCAUGUUCUAUGCGGUCCUGGGGAUCCCACUGACACUCGUCAUGUUCCAGAGCUUGGGCGAGCGCAUGAACACCUUCGUCAAGUACCUCUUGAAACGCAUCAAAAAAUGCUGUGGGAUGAGGAGCACCGAGGUGUCCAUGGAAAACAUGGUCACUGUGGGUUUUUUCUCCUGCAUGGGAACACUCUGCAUUGGAGCAGCAGCCUUUUCCCAGUAUGAGGAAUGGAGCUUUUUCCACGCUUACUAUUACUGCUUUAUAACAUUGACUACGAUAGGGUUUGGAGACUAUGUGGCCCUGCAGACCAAAGGGGCCCUUCAAAAGAAGCCUCUCUACGUGGCUUUUAGCUUUAUGUACAUUCUAGUGGGGUUGACAGUCAUUGGGGCAUUUCUAAAUCUGGUUGUUCUCAGGUUCUUAACCAUGAACAGCGAGGACGAGAGGCGGGAUGCCGAGGAACGGGCGUCCCUGGCUGGGAACCGCAACAGCAUGAUUAUCCACAUCCAAGAGGACUCCCAGCAUGGUCGGCCACGGUACAAGGCUGAAGUAACAGACCUUCAGUCAGUUUGUUCCUGCAUGUGUUACAGGUCCCAUGAGUACACCAGCCGGGUGGUGUCCCACCAAAAUUCGUUCAGCUCAAAGCUGAACCCCCAGUACUUUCACUCCAUCUCUUACAAGAUAGAGGAGAUCUCGCCAAGCACAUUAAAAAACAGCCUUUUCCCAUCUCCUGUCAGCUCCAUCUCACCUGGGUUGCACAGCUUUACAGAUAACCACAGGCUGAUGAAAAGGCGAAAGUCCAUUUAAAGGGAUUUGUCUUCUUUUGCUUUCCUUGUUUUCCCCAGUUCUCUGUUGUUUUGGGUUUUUUGUUCCUUGAGUGAGACGGAGCGAGGCCAAAGGGAGUAGAGAAAGCCAGUCCUCCUCUGAGACUCAGCUCUUGAGCAUGAAGCAUGGAUUAUUACUGUUCCAGCAAAGUAUGCCUUACAUUACCCCCUUGGUGGAUGUCAGAGGAUUCAAGGUGACGUGAAGUGGGUACCAAAUCCAAAGUUGCACACACAGCUGGGAGCCUUCAUGUGCCAGUGGCACUCCUGACCUAAUAAACUAUUUUCCUCACGAGCAGGUUGCAGCGUGCGUGCGUGCUUGCGUGUGUGGUGGGCGUGUGCGUGUGGGCGUGUGCGUGCGGGCAAUUCCACGACUAGUGCCAUGUGACAAAAAUUAAAGCAUCAGGUAUUAUUUUUUUUUUUCCCUUGAAGCAAUUGUGUUCCAGCCUGCUUUUAACUUUUAGAUUGCUUCCAAAAAGAACGGGGAGGGUGGGAGGGGAGCCGAUUGGUUUUAUUUUUUGCCAAGACAAGCAUGCGCCAUAAGCAGUCAAUAUACCAGGUGUAUCAUGAUAAAUUUUUUAAUGCUAGAUUUUAGACUGUAUUAACAUUAAAAAAAAAAGGCAGGAAAAGAUGGAUCAUUUUAGCUUGCCAGUUCAAAAUUUAGAAAAAAAAAAAAUAAAGCAUGCACUUUGUAAAACUGGUAUGCAUAAUAAAAACAAAGAAAAACUAGCAAUGGAAUUAAUAAUCAAAAGCAAAUAAUCCUAUUGAUUUAACUAUAUUUACUUUUAUCAUUUUCAACUGUUCCAACAAUUUGAAAGUGGGAUUUUUAAGAUAAAUUGAGAGAAUUGUUGGAACUAAAGAGUAUUUUGUUAUUUUAAUUUUUUUUUUAUUAUUAUUAUUAU